ACGUUGAAAAUAGGCAGAAAUAAGCGAUAUCAGACUCUUUGUAUUAGACCAACAAAUUUUUUAUCCAGAAAUUCUCAAUGUUAAUGAAAUGAUUUUUCUUCGUAAUUUUUUGACUUUUUACACAAGAGGUUGUUUAAGCACUUUACCAAAACAUUUUUUAUAUCGAGAAACAAAAAUGAAUUUACAUUCAAAUAGUGCGACAAAAAGGAUUGUUUGGGUUGAUUUAGAAAUGACAGGGUUAGAUGUUGAAAAAGAUCAUAUCUUAGAAAUUGCCUGUUUAGUAACCGACUGUAAUUUAAAUUUGAUCGCAGAAGGACCAAAUAUAAUAAUUCAUCAACCUGAUGAAAUACUCAGUAAUAUGAACGCGUGGUGCAUUGCUCAACACGGCGAGAGUGGAUUGACAAAGGCUAGUCGGGAAUCAAAUUUUUCUGUUCUGGAAGCAGAAAAUCAAAUAUUGAACUUUGUUAAGUCACAUGUUCCUGAAAAAAAGUGCCCAUUAGGUGGUAAUAGUGUCUACAUGGAUAGAAUAUUUAUAAGUAAAUAUAUGCCUAAUCUUAAUGAUUAUUUACAUUAUAGAAUUAUUGAUGUUAGCUCUAUAAAAGAAUUAGCUAAGAGAUGGUAUCAAAAAGAAUAUUCGAGGAUACCCCAGAAGAAGUUUCAGCAUAGAUGCUUAAAUGAUAUUAAGGAAAGUAUAGAAGAGUUAAAUUAUUAUAGGGUAAAUAUAUUUAAACAAAAUGAAACUAUGCAGAUUGAAUAAUGUAAACUAAACCAGUAGUAGUAUAAAAUAAACUAUUAUAAAACUAUUAUAAAUUACCUGUGCUUGAAUUAGUAUUAUUUCAGUAGAAUUACUUAAAUUAUAAUGAAGGUAG